CACAGCCGACGAGGGGGAUGCUCCUGAGCGGAUGUUAACACUGUGACUCUCUGUGGUUCAUGUCGCUGCGGACCUGUACGGACUCGAACGUUUUCCCCGAGUCGGCCUCGCUGUCACCCGGGACCGUGUCGUGAGGGAGCCGAGCGGAGGACCGAGCCUUCAGCCCCGGACCGGAGGAGGAGCCGCCGCCGCUGCCAACCAGCUAUACUACCAGAGACUCCCAGCUGUGGUGGAGCCCACACGUCAGAGCUCCUCAUCGAUACACACCGGGCGUAGGAACCGAGGAGCAUCGGGCCGAGGACAAGAGAAGACAAGUCCAGUUGUCCCGGUGCCAGGAGACCGACACUGUCACGCCAGAACCGAAAGCAAAAACGAAAGCGGCGCCUAGACUCCAUCCAGUUUUUUCAGGAUGAACCACUUAUCCCUCAGUGAGCUAUGCUGCCUGUUCUGCUGUCCACCAUGCCCCAGUAAGAUCGCCUCCAAGCUGGCCUUCCUGCCCCCGGAGCCCACCUACAGCCUCAUGUGCGAUGAGAGCGGCAGCAAAUGGACGCUGCACCUCUCUGAGCGCGCCGACUGGCAGUACUCGGCCCGUGAGAAGGACGCCAUCGAGUGUUUCAUGACGCGCACCUCGAGAGGGAACCGCAUCGCCUGCAUGUUUGUCCGCUGCUCUCCCAGCGCCCAGUACACUCUAUUAUUCUCCCACGGAAACGCAGUGGACUUGGGCCAGAUGAGCAGCUUCUACAUCGGCCUUGGCUCGCGGAUCAACUGCAACGUCUUCUCGUACGACUACUCGGGUUACGGGGCCAGUUCUGGGAAGCCCUCAGAGAAGAACCUGUAUGCUGAUGUAGACGCCGCCUGGCAGGCCCUCCGGUCAAGGUAUGGCAUCCGUCCAGAGAGCGUCAUCGUGUACGGCCAGAGCAUCGGCACUGUGCCCUCAGUGGACCUGGCAUCUCGCUAUGAGAGCGCCGCAGUUGUCCUCCACUCCCCACUCACUUCAGGCAUGAGAGUGGCCUUCCCCGACACAAAGAAGACCUACUGCUUCGACGCCUUCCCAAACAUCGACAAGAUUUCCAAGGUCACGUCACCGGUGCUGGUGAUCCACGGCACGGAGGACGAGGUCAUCGACUUCUCCCACGGCCUGGCGCUGUAUGAACGCUGCCAGCGCCCCGUGGAGCCGCUCUGGGUGGAGGGGGCGGGACACAACGACGUGGAGCUCUACGGACAGUACCUGGAGAGACUCAAACAGUUUGUCGCCCACGAGCUUGUCAACUUGUAGAGGAACUGAAGAUGAGGGCGGAGACGGGAAGAAGAGCUAAGAGAAGAAAGCUGGUAGUUUCCAGGAAAGGUCGGAUGAUGGACAAGGAGUAGAAACAGUAGAACUUUUUAUCCCCGUGAAGUAACACAGGUAGAAGUGUUGAUCGUCUUUGUAGUGCCGACUUCCUGAUGGCUGACUUCUCUUAUCAAACCCCUCCCCCCUCGGAGCUCCAGGGGUCCCGGGCUCAGGACCUGUCCGUGUCGUCCAUUCCACAUGCUGCAGCUGUGAACUUACAAAUACACAUCAUUUAGUUAUUUUCUUUGUUGUUGUUUUUGCUUCUUUUUUUUGUAUCAUGUUUAAAGUUGCAUAUAAUGAGUGAAUGACGGAAGCAGUCAUGUGCACAGACAACAUACCAUGUGUAUAUGCAAUAUUGUG